CAACAAACCCACAGAACAAAAACACAGAGAGUAAAAACCUCUCUCUCUCUCUCUCUCUCUCUCUCUCUCUCUCUCAUAUCUCUAAUUAUUCCUCGAUCGCUACAUUGUACUCCUCUUCCGCCCAACUGCUUCUACUUCCGUCGAUCGACCUAACCCUUCGAUUCACUGAAUCCAAAACAACUCUUAGCGAUUGCAAAGGGAAGUAGACAAGGUGUUCUUGAUAGUGUUGGAGUGGAAAAGGCAUUUAUUAAUAUCACAUGGGCUGUUUUGAGGGCCGGACCGACGCCCACGCCAAUGACUUCUAUCCUAGUGGUCUUGCUCCUGAUGAAGUGGCCUCUGUCACCCGAGUUCUUGAACCAGACAGAUGGUCAAUAGCGGAGGAAAGAACUGCAGAACUGAUUGCCUGUAUCCAGCCCAAUCAACUAUCUGAGGAGCGCAGAAGUGCUGUCACAUCUUAUGUGCAGCGACUCAUCACCAGUUGUAUUUCAUGUCAGGUAUUCACGUUUGGGUCAGUUCCGCUCAAGACAUAUCUACCUGAUGGGGACAUUGAUUUAACUGCAUUUGGUAACAAUGAAAGUUCAAAGGACACUUGGGCAAAUGAGGUUCGUGAUAUGCUAAUUAGCGAAGAGAAGAAUGAGAAUGCUGAAUUCUGUGUAAAGGAAGUUCAGUACAUUCAGGCAGAGGUGAAGAUAAUUAAGUGCCUUGUAGAUGACAUUGUAGUGGACAUAUCUUUUAACCAGCUUGGUGGUUUAUGUACUCUGUGCUUCCUUGGGGAGGUUGACAUAUUGGUAAGACAAAAUCAUCUAUUCAAGCGCAGCAUUAUAUUGAUUAAAGCUUGGUGUUACUACGAAAGCCGGAUACUGGGUGCUCAUCAUGGACUUAUUUCAACUUAUGCUCUGGAAACCUUGGUUUUGUACAUAUUCCAUGUUUUCAAUGACUCCUUUGCGGGACCACUAGAGGUACUUUAUCGUUUUCUUGAAUUCUUCAGCAAGUUUGACUGGGACAACUUUUGUGUUGGCCUUUGGGGUCCAGUUCCCAUUCGUUCACUUCCUGAUAUGACAGCUGAUCCUCCUCGAAAGGAUGGUGGAGAGCUGUUACUCAGCAAACGUUUUCUUAAUGAUUGUAGCUAUGUAUACUCUGCUUUUCCUAUUGGUCAAGAAAACCAUGAGUUACCUUUCAUGUCCAAACAUUUCAACGUCAUAGAUCCUUUGCGAGCAAACAAUAACCUUGGGCGUAGUGUCAGUAAAGGUAAUUUCUUCAGGAUUCGUAGUGCCUUUGCUUUUGGGGCUCAACGCCUGGCAAGACUACUUGAUUGCCCAAAAGAGAAUAUAGUUGCUGAAGUCAACCAGUUUUUCAUGAACACAUUGGACCGGCAUGGGAAGCAGCUUCGCCAUGAUGCACCGAGAUUGCUACCUGUUAACAGGAAUGGCAUUCGAAAGUCUAAUAAUCUUGGAAAUUCUUCAAGUAAGAAUAUGGUCAAAGAAAAUUCUGCUAGUCAUGAAUCUGAAGUUGAGAUGACUGGUGCUUCUCACGCCUCCCAUAGUGUUCUCUCUCAGCAUGAGAAUCAGUUACUGAAACAAGAAUCUAGGCCCAAUACACAAACUCCUGCAGUUUCUCAUACUCACAGCCAAAAUAAAUAUACCACCUCUACUAGCUCUAUGGCCUCUGAUCUGAAUCAUGACUUGAAGCAUAGUAGUAAUUCAAAUGCGAAUGCACAUGCUUUUAAUGGUAGAAGUUCUAGACCAGAUCACAUUGGUAAUGAAAUACACGGCAGGUAUCAGUUUGCAAGGACCCAUUCUAGUCCUGAGCUUACCGAUACAUCUCGUCAAAUUUCAACUCAAGGACGGCAUAACAAAGCAUCAGAAACAUUAGAGCCAACUGCUACCAGGUUUGAUAACAACAAUAGGAGAAACUUGGCCACAGAGGUUUCAGAGAACAGCAAUGCAAUAUCUUCAACUGAAGGCCUCCCUGCUUCAAGGCAUCAUUUGAUUCAUGCUCCUGUUGAGUCAAACGGCGAUUCAUAUGGUCACCACGGUGAAUCUGAUUUAGGUCAUAUUGGAGAUGACAGAAUUUCUGUUGCUGAGGCGAUCCAGUUGCAACAGGAAGAGCAAGAUUUUGUUAACAUGAUGGCUGCUUCAACUCUUCCUAGUUAUAAUGGACAUGUUCAUAGGCCAGUGAAUUUUGCUUCUGGUCAUCUGCCUAUCCCACUAUCACCUUCUAUUUUAGCUUCUUUGGGAUAUGCUCACAGAAAUUCAGCUGGUAUUUCCCCGGCUAACAUUUCUUCCUAUGAGGUCCCUUGGGGUGGCCCUAAUAUGCAUUAUUCACAAGGUUUAGUGUCUCCGCCAAUAUCCCAAUAUUUUUCAAGUAUGGGGUUGGCCUCAAAUCAAGAAGAAAUCCUUGAACCAAUUGACAAUGUGGUAAGUAGGGAAACAUGUCAGGGGAAUAGUGAUCAUUGUUUGUGGUCUGAGCCGGAUGUGGAUUCCCUCAGAGGGUCUGAUGUUAAUAAUGGAAGUUUCCAAGUACAACCAUCAGAGGAGAGAGAAAAUUUCACUCCACCAGGGUAUCCCAUUCCCUCGUCUCCAGUAAACAGCUUGGACAUUUAUCCAACAAAAGCUCACAUGUCAUUCAAUGAUGACAGAGGGCCCAUUAGGACAGAAUUUGGUGAUAAAUUUGUUCCACUUUCCCUUGCUACUUCAAGAAUGAAGCAGUCUUCUGAAGAUUCUUUGGAUGGAUCAUCUAUGAGAACUUCAAGGUCUACAAGGGACAGACGGGGGAGGAAAUCAGCUCCCUCUGGAGAUCGUUCUGCUUUGCAUGUAAAUGGGUGGCAAUAUGACUCUGAGUCGGUCGAUUAUGUUUCUUCGAAGAAUGAUGACGACAAUGGAGACUGGAGUCCACUGUCAACAGUUCAUACAGAAGUGUCAGAAAACACUUCUUCAAUUGUGCAGUCCCGUGAAAUACCAGGUUAUGAACCAGCACAGCUCGGUGGAUCAAAGCCAAUGUUUCCUAUUGCUCCGGUUUUUGUGCAUCCUGGGUCAAGGCAAAGACUUGUUGACAACAAUGGGGGGUUACCCUUUGCGUUUUAUCCCACAGGGCCACCAAUUCCUUUUGUUACUAUGCUUCCUUUCUACAAUUACCCCCCUGAGAAAGGAACUUCUGAUUCAUCCACAAACCAUUUUGAUCAAAGAUUAGAUUCUACUGAGAACCAUGAUGAGCCAGAGAUUUUAGUUUGUUCUAGUUCUGCAAAACGGGACGCGUUUGCUGAGCCUUCUGUAGAGCACACCUCUGAUAUUUUGAAUGGUGACUUUGAAAGCCAUUGGCUGAAUCUCCAGCAUGGACGGUUAUGCCAGAAUCCGAGAGAUCAAGGAACCACACAUUAUCCAUCCUCUCCUGUUGCGCCGCCAAUGUACAUGCAGAGACCUCUAAAUGCAAAUGCGAACCUUUUCACACAGCUUAUGGGUUAUGGGCCCCCCAUGAUUCCUGUUUCAUCUUUGCAUCCUGGUACUAAUAGGCCUUUGAGUGGUUAUGGACACUAUGGUGAUGAAAUUCGUAGAGGUCGCAAUGGGACUGGGACUUACCUGCCUAAUCCUAAGAUGUCUUUUAGAGACCGGCACUCUUCAAAUGGAAGAAACAAGGGGAAUUACAGCUAUGACCGUUAUGAUCAAUCUGGUGACAGAGAAGGCAAUUGGAAUGCCCAUUCAAAGCAUAGAUUUGGUGGUCGUGGCCGCGGUCGCAACCAAUUUGAGAAGCAGAAUGUCAGAGUAGAUAGAACUAUAUCAAGCAAUAGCCGAUCUGAAAGGCCUGACUCUGCCCCUUCAAACCAAUCUCAUAUCAGCCCAAUCCACCCUGUAGAUUCCAUGCAUAAUGGAUCCUCAAAUGGAGCAUACGGCAUGUAUCCACUACCAGUCAUGAAUCCUAAUGGAGUUUCUCCUGGGACAACUGGACCUCCUGUCUUUAUGCUAUAUCAGUGUGCCCAAAACAUGGCUUCCGGCUCUUCUGCCGAGCAUCUUGAAUUUGGGUCUCUUGGAACAAUGCAUUUCCGUGGUGUAAAUGAAGUGCAGCUUGGUGGAGGUUCAUCGAACAGUAUCAAUGUGCAGCAAAAUUUAAGGAUAGAUUCUGCAGAGUCUUCGCCAGAUAUGCCCUCCUCACCCAAUCUUCAAAGAUAAUUGCUCGUCCAUUUUCCUUUGGGUCACGGAAUCAGUUUGUUUGCACUAGAUGCUUGCUUCUCGCAACCAAGGGCUUUACAGAACAUAAAAGAGAUUUUAUAGAUGUUAUUCAAAGUUGCCCCAUAUUCUCCACAGUGUUUGGACUUUUCAUAGUUUGCUGCUUAUCAAAGGUGGGGAUCCAAGUUUGUUGGGUAGUUGGCCACUUGCAGUCAAUUUCACUCGGCCUCAGUCAUUGCUGGUCUAGAGCCAUGAACAUGUGCACUGCCCGAGCAUGGAUUGUCUUGUGAAACAGUCUUGUUUCUUAGCAGAAUGGACUUAUAAGUUAAAAGACGUGGAUUUCCCCCUCUUGUUUUCGUAGAAGAUACGUUGAUGGAAGCAACUAUAAUGGUAGCUACUCCCGCUAUGAGAACUUUCUCGGCACAGCUCACAUGCAAGGAAUCUUGAUCUUUUGCCCCUGUUUGCUCCUUCACUUUCUGGACAAAUAACGGCUCUAUAACAGAAUACAGCUUGUGUGUCUGGUAAAAGAUAAGUCAUAUGUCACUGUAUUGGUGAUGAUGGAUGAUCAUGAGAUAGCAGUUUUUCCCUGCUGUAGGCACGGAUGGCGAAGGUGAAGAAGAGGAUAUAUUUGUCCUUUCUCCUUUUGCGUGGGGGGAUUCUGAAAUCUCGCAAUGGGAUUUCGACUUGUCUCAGGAAAAUUUAGGACUUCUACUCUGGUUCAUCUACUCAGUGCUUUGCGGCAUUUUAUUUUUCGUCUUCCUCUUUUGUGGUAUCGUUUUCUGCACAAAGAGGUUGUGUUGUGUGUACUGAAAUGUACGAUAUUGUUGUAGAAGUGUUUUUUUUUCUUUGGGGAGAAACCUUCAGAUUUGACAUUCACCCUCGACAAUGUACCAUGUCAUUAAGAUGGUUUACGCCUUGAUUUAGCUACUGUUAUGCCUCUGUGCACCUGAUUAAUGUAAGCCGACGAUAUUAGACUUGGAUGUCUGUUGCAUAAUUGGAUUGUAUUGUUCAGCAGCACUA